CUCGAGAAUCUUGGGAUUUUGUUACACAAAUCCUUUCCGUCCCUCAAGUUAAAUUCCGUUAGUGACAAUCCCGAAUUUGCCAUUCGCCAUGUCAGAUAUCUUGUCGGCUGUUGAGCUGCUUCGAACGAAAAGAAAUGAUUUCUUGCCCAAAGAGCCACGGAGCUCUCUCUCAAUAUCACACCCAGUCCUCGAUUCAAAUGCCCCUGAGGGGCGGAAAUCUGUUUCAGCCAGCUUCUCGCAAUUGCCUGUUGAUGUUGAAGAUGGAACCUUGAAACAAGGGCGCGUUAUACUCAUCAUCAUAGUCCUGACAGGCGUCAAUUUUCUUGGCAGUCUGUGCAACGGAUUCAUCACUAUCGGCCUACCAAGAAUGGCAUCAGAUCUUUCGUUGUCACAGAAUCUCAUUUUAUGGCCAUCCGCAGUAUACUACUUGACGAGCAGUUCCUGCCUACUCCUGGCAGGCUCUAUCGCCGACGUGAUCGGUUCCAAACGUGUUAAUCUGCUAGGUUGCUUCUUGACCAGUAUCUUCAUUCUUGCAUGCGGUUUAGCUCGUACAGGCAUUGAAUUGAUUAUGUUUCGCGCAAUGCAAGGAAUUGCAGUCUCGCUUUGCCUGCCGACUUCCGUGGCUAUUGUCGCAAAUGCCGCUCCAAGUGGCAGGAAACGCAAUAUCGGAUUCUCUUGUCUUGGUUUUGUGCAACCAAUUGGAUUUUCCAUGGGUAUGGUGCUUGAGGGUGUUAUUCUUGACACUGUGGGCUGGCGAUUCUCGUACUACCUUUGUGGAAGUCUUUCUCUGGCGCUUUUUGCGAUUAGUCUAUGGGCCUUGCCCAAAGAUGCUGCGAUUGAGGGGUCUAUUCUUAGCAAGUUGAAGAAGAUUGAUUGGAUUGGAGCAUUGAUAGCCUCGACAUCUCUCGCACUUUUCUCCUAUAUUCUUGCGUCACUGAGUAGCUCUGUCUCUUACAUCUCUCGCCCGGCGAAUAUUGCUCUGUUGAUAAUCAGCGUUGCUCUCAUCCCAGUAUUCAUCAUUUGGGAAGCGCAUCGCGAACGCUUGCGCCUUCCGGCUCUCAUUCCUAACUCGCUUUGGAGAAACAUGGUAUUCACUAGUGUCUGCCUUUCAGUACUAUUCUCCAAUGCCGUUGCAAAUGCAAUGGAGGUCUUCUGCUCGCUUUUUUUCCAAGAAGUUCAGCACACAUCAGCCCUAGGAGCUUCCUUGCGCAUACUGCCUUCUCUUGUAGUAGGCUUCCUGAUUCAGCUUACAACAGGACUACUUAUCCACCGGACUAGCCCUUACCUCUUGGUCGUACUCGCCCUUGUCCUCAGUGCCGGAUCUCCUCUUCUCAUGGCCAUCAUUUCUUCGCACUGGCCAUAUUGGUAUGCGGCGUUUCCCGCACAGCUUCUCUCGCCGUUGUCGUGUGAUAUCUUAUUCACCAUCGGUCUACUUGCUGUGUCAGAGGAGUUUCCAGCGAAUACGCAAGCGCUAGCGGGGGCUGUAUUCAGCACAGUCGCGCAAUUUGGAACUAGUCUAGGACUCACGUUGAUGUCUGUUGUAGCGGCUUCGAUUACGGAACAUGAAGCGGAGAAAGGAAUAGGAAAGGAGGAAGGGUUGUUGGCAGGGUAUCGGGCAGGAUUCUGGACUGCUUUUGCAUCGAUGGGAGUUGCGUGCAUUGUUGGUGCGUUUGGAUUAAGGCGAAUGGGCAAGGUUGGGGUGAAGAGAGAUUGA